UCCCCCCAAAUUGUGUUCCUCCUCAUGAAACCAAAUCCUCCAGCUGCCGCGUCCCAGCCGCCCGCCCCGUGCUGCUGAGGCUCCCGCCCGGAGGCGGCGCCCCUCGCCCGCCGCCUCCCCCUGCGCCCCUGCCCUGCCCUGCCCUGCGCAGCCCGCAACGCCGCGCCACGGACCAGCAGCCCCAACCCUGAAGAUGAAGCUUUGGCUGCUGCUUGGUCUUCUCCUGGUGCUCGAAGUGCUGGAGGAUGUUGCUGGCCAAGACCCUCCAAAGAACAAGCGUCCAAAAGAGCAAGGAGAGAACAGAAUCAAACCUACCAACAAAAAGGUGAAACCAAAAAUUCCUAAAAUCAAAGACAGGGACUCAGCUGACUCAACACCAAAGACUCAGUCUAUCAUGAUGCAAGUGAUGGAAAAAGGUCGCUUCCAGAAACCUGCUGCUACCCUGAGUCUGAUGGCAGGCCAAACAGUAGAGCUUCGAUGUAAAGGAAAUCAAAUCGCAUGGAGCUACCCUGCAUAUCUUGACACCUUUAAGGAUUCCCGCCUCAGUGUGAAGCAGCAUGAGCGCUACGGCCAGCUGACCCUGGUCAACUCCACCGCGGCUGACACGGGCGAAUUCAGCUGCUGGGGCCAACUCUGCAAUGGCUAUAUCUGCAGAAGGGAUGAGGCCAAAACAGGGUCCACCUACAUCUUUUUUACAGAGAAAGGAGAGCUCUUUGUACCUUCUCCCAGUUACUUUGAUGUCGUCUACCUGAACCCAGACAGACAGGCUGUGGUUCCUUGUCGAGUGACUGUGCUGUCAGCCAAAGUCACUCUCCACAGGGAGUUCCCUGCCAAGGAAAUCCCAGCCAAUGGAACAGACAUUGUUUACGACAUGAAGCGAGGCUUUGUGUAUCUACAACCUCAUUCUGACCACCAGGGGGUGGUCUACUGCAAGGCAGAGGCUGGGGGCAAGUCUCAGAUCUCCAUCAAGUACCAACUGCUCUACGUAGAGGUUCCCAGCGGCCCUCCAUCCACAACCAUCCUGGCCUCCUCAAACAAAGUGAAAGGCGGGGAUGACAUCAGUGUGCUCUGCACUGUCCUAGGGGAGCCUGAUGUCGAGGUGGAAUUCAGGUGGAUCUUUCCAGGGCAGAAGGAUGAAAGGCCUGUGGUGAUCCAAGACACUUGGAGGCUGAUCCACAGAGGACACGGACACACCACAAGAAUCUCCCAGAGCAUCAUUACAGUUGAAGAUUUUGAGACCAUUGACGCAGGAUAUUACAUUUGUACUGCUCAGAAUCUCCGAGGACAGACUACAGUAGCUACCACUGUUGAGUUGUCCUGACUUGCAAAGUGAAGUGUAAUGGACUGAUGGAAAGCCCAUUUGUGUAUACAGUUGGCAUUGGGGUUCUUUUCAUUAGUGCUUUGCCACA